AUGAAUUAUUCGCAUCUCAAUGAAGAGUUUAGUGAAAAGUGCCUGCUAGAGCUUCCGUGGCACAUCGUGAAUACGAUCUCUCUCUACGAGCGGAUGGACGUGUCGUUUAAUAGGCUCUCCUUCCUACCAGCUGAGAUGCCACUCCGCAUUCCCCACCUUAGCUAUCUGAACGUUAGCUAUAACCAGCUCACCGAUCUGCCGAAUAGUUUCGGCCUCUUCUUCCACCUGAAGACGUUGCUGCUCGCUAACAACAAGCUCGCCAAACUUCCAUCGUCGUUCACGCGCCUGUCGAGCCUCGAGAAACUCGACCUGGCGCACAAUGCACUGGAAGAGCUUCCCGAUAGAAUCGGCUUCAUGCCGUCACUGAGAGCAGUGAACGUCAGUCAUAAUCGCCUGCGGCAUCUGCCUGCAUCGCUAGGCAGUGAAAACAUGCAAGUGCUCCUCGCUCAAAACAACAGUUGUGAUAACCCUCCCCAGUCUGUGUGCAAUGAAGGCUCAGCAGCAACACUCAAGUGUCUUCGUAGAUACCACAUGAAGGAUCCUACAAAGGAGAAGUUGGACAGGUUGAAUGUGUUUCCACGAGUCAGAGGCAACGUGCUGCAGUCGUCGGUGUCGAAUCCCGACUCCGCACGAGCUCAGUACCUUCAGCUGCAGACUGCAACACUCAACACUGCAAGCCGCAUCAAGACGCCACUUCUACUGCCACCUGGUGCCACUGUUCUUCCACUGGAUGAUCUAAGGGACAAGAUAUUAGGGAUGGUGUACGGAGCAGCCAUUGGUGAUGCCUUGGGCGUUGCUACGAAAUUCAUGGAGGCAGAUGAGUGUCGAUUUCACUACGACCCUGACACACUGACCUACGCAGACAUUAUCCGUGACAAGUACAGAGUGAUGUGGAAGAAAGGGGACUGGUCAACAGACUUUGAUCAAGUGGUGCUAGUGUUAGAUUCUAUCAUCCACUGGGCAGGGGUUGUUGAUGAGCUAGAUUUUGCAAUGCGUCUGCAUAACUGGACGAAGCAUGGCUUUCCCGAGCUGGAAGACACUGAGGGAGUUGUAGUUAGCAACACCCUCGCUAAGGUGCUUCGAGAUGAGAAUUACUUGCAGAAGCCUCACAUGGUGGCAGCACAUGUUCUGGAGCAAUAUAAUAAUAUGUCAUCUACAGCAAAUGGAGACGUGACAGUAGAUACUAAUCUAACAGACCUGGAUGACAAUGCUGCACUUGCUCGCAGCCUUAUUUUAGGUAUUCCUUAUUUCCACAACUUGCAGGAGGUGACUGAGAACUGUGUGCGCAUAUGUAAGGCUAGUCAUGCUCACCCGCUGUGCAUCGCGUCGGCUGUCACCAUAGCAGUAAUCGUGGCCCUAAUGUUACAGGGUCGGCAUGCAAUGGACAGUUUGUCGUCGGUGGAAGAGCUGCUGUCACAAGCAAAGCACCAUGGCAUGCAGCAGUUGCAAUCACCCAAACACAGGAGAGAGUACGAAGCUCAUGCUAACAUGAAGAGCUUGGACAGCGUGGACGUGACAGAGCCUGGCCGACAAAGCUUCACUCUCAAGCCCGUGGCAGCAGCGGUGAUCAGUCUGCGCAGCCGGAAAGACUUUAGGUCAGGACUGCUGGAUGUGAUUAUGCGAGGUGGAGAUGCCAACUGCAAUGCAACUCUUACUGGGGCAAUGCUAGGUUGUGUAUGUGGGUACUCUAAAUUGACAAAGGAAUGGCUGACUGGACUACGCACCCAACAGCGAAGUUGGCUGGAUAUUAAGGUGAACCUGCUGCUUGAUAUGAUGGGAAUACCGUGAUUGGGUGUUUCAGUAACCAACAGAAGGAUGACAUGCAAUAUUUUUAGCUCAUCUGACAUAGUCAGAUGCAGCUUGUAGAAUCGCAUGAUUGUCCGUGCGUCCGUCCG